GAGCUUGUCACGGGAUCACGUUCAAGCAGUCAUCUCGAAGUGGGUUAGCAUCGUUUUCGCCGCGGGAAUGACAACUCGAAUUGGAGGCGCGAUGGUGACGUCCACCAACUCUCCGCUCUCAUGUACCGCGCACGCCCGUCAAUACCGCGCAUAGCCUUCCGGACGCGAAGGCCAGGCGAAUGCUGGACUCAGGUGCGAUGCGCAGCCUCCAGUCGCGAUUCAAAAGGCCGCAAAGGCCAAACGCCACAUUGGACAGCGGAGAAGCUGGAGACGAGUGAAGAGUUUCCCUUGACGCAGGCACUCAGCAAGACGAUACACCCAGCUCUUGAGCCGACCAAGAAGCCCAGGAAGCAAGGCGCCCCCGUGCACUUGCACAGGAUUCCUGUUGGUAUCAAUGUGCGCACGCAGAUUGUAAGUCCACGCCUAUGCGGUACGUCGAGUCCUGGGGCAACAAUGCUAUUCGCGCUGGGCGGGUGCUGAUGCUGGAGACUGGCAGACGAUGUUCUUGCCUACAUAGGCCACACGCUCGAGAAGCACAAGGGCUGCGAUAUCCUCGACAUCAAUCCCGGCGCCGGCCUCUGGUCGCAAAAGCUGCACGCCUUUCUCCAGC